AUGUACUUUGAUACUAACUAAUCCUCUAACUGCCACCCUAAAUCUGCUUAGAUGCCUAUGUUCCCUAAUAAGAACGUGAAUUACUUUUCUAACACUCAUUUACUAAAUGAGGAUAUCUCAAAUAACUUCUUCAAUUCUUAACAUUUAGAAAGCGAUACUCGUACUAAAUGCUCCACUCUAUUUAGCAAUGAAAAUGAGACUCGCUCAUCCCUCUUUGCAAGCUCAUCUUUUGAGUUUGAUUAAGCUGCAGAAGAUAAUUUGAGUAAUUUUUUAGACCAUGAAUCAUUUAGCAGAGCCAGUAGUGUAUUUAUUUAGCAGGCAAAUACUGUUAACGAUAAUAUAAUUAACUAAGACUUAGAAAAUUUAGGUGAAGACAAGCAAUUAAUGAAGAAUAAAUAUUUAGAAUAUUUCAAUGAAAAUAAUGAUGUUAUGUCACCCAUUGCAGAAUAGUAUCAUAAAGAGUAAGAUCUUAGCUUCAUUAAUAACUACUGCAAAUAUGAAGCUGAAUAUGCAAGCUGUGAAAACAAGUAUGGAGUUAUAAAAAAUUAUCUUAUUGAAGAAAACCAAUCUCGUAAUUUAGAGUGUAAUUAAUAUUAGUAAAGUAACCUAUAAUCUAAAAUUAGUAAUUAAAAUCAAAUCGAAUCAUAAAAUUUCAACUAAAAUUCAUUAGAGUAAUUCUAAUACUAUGAAAAAAAGUAUGAAGAACAAAAUCAAGCAGCACUCAGCUAUUAGUCUGCAUAAGAAUGCCCAUAAAGAAAUGUUAACGGAUUAUUCCCUUAAAUUUUUGAUUAACAAAAUUAAUCAAUAUAAUAUACUACUGAAUUCAAAAAUUAAGAAAAUUAAACAAUUGAAUGUGCAUCUAAUAUUCAAUAUAAUUAUUAAAUUAAGGAAGAAGUAUUUAAAUUUUAAUAACAACAAUUUGAACAAAAGAAUGAAAUUUAAAAAUAAAAUUAAAAUUAUUAUAAAGAUUAAAUUUAAUGCGAUUAUCAAAAUAUAAUUGAACAAAGCGAAAUAGAAAGCAAAUUUAAUUAUUAUUAAUAUUAUAAAUCCUUCUAAGAGCCUACUGAGAAAUAGAAUUAUUAUAUAGAAGAUACUUGUACAGAGACCGAUAAAUUCAUUUUAAAAAGAAGCAAUUCCUAGAUUUCUAUUGUAAACAAAGAAAAUAUUGUUGAUUUAGGCCUUCAAGAUUUACAGAGUAACAGAAUCAUUGAGAACAGAUCAAAUACUUAUUUAAGCAAAAAGUAAACAGGCAAAUCAAAAACCAAAAAACAAGACAAAAAAAACAUGGAAAAAAAUUAUCUGGUUAAGAUAGAAAGCUAAGAUGAAAAAACUGAUGACCAGAUUGAUGAAGAAGAGACAGUUAUGCCUUAAACAAAAGAGCUAAGCAGUCCUAGCUAGAAGCUAUCAAUAGAUAUCCUUACAUCUACUUCCGCAGCUAUUUAAAACGAAGAAGAACACGAUGUCUAACACCAGCAGGCAGACGAACAAGAAACCCUCAAAAAAAUUGAAGAGAUGAAGGUCUGCAACAAAAAGAAUGUUGUCAAAAAUAUCAUGAAUGCCUUCAAGAACUUUGUCUUAGAAGCAGAGCUUAAAAAUACUCCCAAAGUUAACCAAAACAUAGUCAAUUUGUAUAACAACGCAAAAUCUGACGAGAGCGAUAGCCUAUCAGAGAUUAUAAAAAAAUUUAAAAGAUACAUCAAUUCUAAAAACUUUAACCAUUACUCUAUGCGCUUGCUUAUUCUUCAUCCUAACUACGGCCCAGUCCUUCAGUAUUUCCUCAAAGGACCUAUCUACGAAUGGGCUAAAACCUGCAAAGCAAAUGAUCUGGCCUCUCAUUUUGUAAUGGUAGAUUUCCUUCUUUUAAGUUUCUCUGACAUAAAAUACAUAGACGAACUAAAGCGCCACGAAAAGAAGAAAGCUCAUUACUAAUGA